AUGCCGUGCCAGGACAUCAAUGUCGGUGGCUCUGGCGUGCUAUUUGAAUUGAACAAGUGUCAGCGUCGAGGGGAAACAGCGUCGAAGCUGACGCUCCAUGGUGCUCCAAUAAAACUACCGAUGCCCCCUCCACCCUCCGCCGUCGUUUCUCAGACGUUGUUGUACAGGAUUUGCAUGUCCUGCCAGUCCGACGCUCUCAAAACUCAAAAUAUUAACACUUUAACGCCAAGUUUUUUAUCCGGCUGCCGGAAACAGACAGCACAAACGCACACAAACAUAGCUGCUGAAACACAAAUACUAUGCAGUUCUUUUGGCCGCGACGGCGGCGGCGGCAAAACGCCAUGUUGGAUUAUUCAACUCGACGCCAUUUCGCGUCACAAUGCGCGCUAUGCGCCGCCAUCAUUGCAACCGACAGCGAACGGCACACGGCAGUGGCAACAACUAAAAUGGGACCUGCUGCAGCAGCAACAACAACAGGAACAGCAACUGGAACAGCAGGACUACGGACUAAGGACCACGGCGGCCCACACGGCGGAUGAAGUUGCAAUUCAAAGUCAUAAACACGUGGAGCGUGGGCGCAAAGUCUCAGCUAAGCCGGCAUAG